AUGUGGCCGCGCUUCCUAGAGAGCUCCUAUCCUUUGGAUAAAAACUAUUUCCUGCUGCCUAAAUUUGGACUUAGCUUGAUAGGCUUUUAUCCGGAGCAGGAGCGCAGCUUUAAAGUCAGAGCCUGGAGCUUUGUUAACUUCUUUAUAUUGACCUAUGGCUGCUAUGCCGAAGCGCGUUAUGGCAUACACUUUAUACCAAUAAAUAUAUUUACAGCACUGGAUGCAUUGUGUCCAGUGGCUUCGAGCAUACUCUCGCUGCUGAAAAUGGUGUGCAUUUGGUAUUAUCGCGAGGAGUUUGAUUGGCUGAUCAAACGCGUGCGAGUGCUUAACGAGCAGCAGUGCUCGGCCAACAAGCAGCAAUACAAACGGCUUUGCUUUACUUGGGCUACGCGCUUGACUUGGCUGCUGCUUUGGUUUGGCACUUGGACGAGCACGGCGUACACUAUACGGCAUAUGUGGGACUCGCUGCUGCGCAUCUCCAAUGGCCAGAACUGGAUCUACGAGACGCCAUUUAAAAUGAUGUUUCCAGCGCCGCUGCUGCGUCUGCCCAUUUAUCCUUUCAUCUAUGCGCUGGUGCAUUGGCAUGGCUACAUCACAGUCUCUUGUUAUGUCGGUGGUGAUGGGCUGUUUCUAGGCUUCUGUCUAUAUCUGUCGGUGCUGCUGCGCGGCAUACGCGUCGAUGUUGUUGAGCUGCUAAGCUCGCAGCCUGUUGAGCAACAAGCCACACCGGAGGAAGAGGCGCGCGUUGUGCGCGAGCUGGAGCGCUUAAUAGAUCGUCACAAUGAAGUAGCCGAGUUAACAGAGCGUUUGUCUGGUGUCAUGGUCGAAAUUACCUUGGGCCACUUUAUUACCUCCAGCUUGAUUAUUGGCACUAGCAUUGUGGACAUGCUCAUGUUCUCUGGCGUUGGCAUCAUCGUCUAUGUCGUCUAUACGCUCGCUGUGCUUGUGGAAAUCUUUAUGUACUGCAUUGGCGGCACUUUUAUUACUGAAGCGUGCAUGGACCUGGCUGUGCACGCCGCCAACAGCCCUUGGUAUGCUCAUAGUGUGCGCAUACAGAAGAUGACGCUGCUGCUUGUAGCUCGUGCCCAGAGUGUGCUUGUCAUCAAGAUACCAUUCUUCUCGCCCUCAUUGCCUACACUUACUUCGAUUCUACGCUUUACGGGCUCGUUGAUAGCGCUGGCCAAGUCGGUAAUAUGAACUUCUGCAAAUGGAAAGCUCUUAAGUAAUAGUCUUAGAAAAUCGUUAAAGUCCUUAGAA